GUCUAUUAGUUUGGUUUUCUUGACUUUUGGUAAGUAUAUCUGUUUUGUGGCACUCAACAAGGCAACAGCUGCCGCUCGUGUGAUCCUCACUCACUGGAAAGGAGGGUGCGGUAGCGGAAGAUACGCACUACUGUUGCCCGCCCUCUUUCUACAUUCUCUCCGAGUUUUUCUCGAGGGAGAAGAGCCGUUUUGUCCUCUUUAGCUCUUCCUUCGCCUGACGCAAUGGAAAUGUAUCGACCUGCGUCGCCAUCCGCCGGCGCCCCGGCAUGGUUGCGCGACAUCAAUCAGCAGCUCAUCAUCCGAAAUGCGGUGGAGCUGAAACCGUCGCAGCGCAUCUUCGAGAGCUACACCCUCCUCCGCACCUCCGCUCUACAGAUGCAGGCCGUCGAGGAGGAGCGCCAGCGUUUGCAGGUGGAGCGCAAUCAGCUAGCCGAUCGCGUCCGCGAGCUAGAGCGGGCCGCAGCUAACACGUCGGUGCAGACCUCCCGCGAGCGCGCGUUAGAGGCGAAGAAGGACGAGCUGCAAGAUCAGCUGCAGCUCUACAUGCUACGGGAGAGCGAGUACUACAAGGGCCUGACCGAGAUGAAGGAGUUGAAGAGCGAAAAAGAGGAGCUGCAGAGGAGCAGCACGGCAACGGCCGCAGAGCUUGAGCAACGCACGGCGGAGCUGCAGCUGCUUCAUAAGGAGUACACCUCGCUGCGUGACGAGUACGAAUGCAUUCGCCUGAGCGUCGGGGAGGCGGAUCGCAGCGUGCGGGAGGCAAAGCAGGCCAAGGGAAAAGUCACGCAGAUGCAGGAGCGCAUCACGGUGCUCGAGGCGGAGGUCAGCGACCUGCGCCGUCGCCUGCAGGACGCCCUCGCCGGGGAGAAGACGGAGAUGAGCGAAGACGCACGCGCCACCGGCGUUGCCGACGAGGCGGAGCUGACGCGCGACACGGCGCAACGCGCCACCGACUCGUACGUCGACGCGCAGGUCCUCAACUCGCCCAUGCAACGCACCAGCGAGCCCACACGUGCGUCCAUGGUGAUCGUCGAGGCCCACAAUGGAAGUCUGCUGCAUGGCUUGUGUGUCCUGGACGACGGCAACCGCUUUUUAACUUCCGGCACCGACAAGUACAUCCGUCUGUGGAACCGCCAGAGCGCGCAGGCGGAGAAGUACUUUUCAUCGAGCAGCAUUGCCCUCUCCCUAGACACCUCCUCCCACUACCUGCUGGCCGGCUGCGCCGACCACAUCGUGCGCUUCUGGGACACGAACAGCUUGCGCAUGCUGGAGAUGACAGGGCACACAGAGAAGGUGGUGGCGGCCUGUCUCUCCUCCAGCGCCCAGCACGCCUUCACCGCCAGCUCCGACGGCACGAUUAAGCUGUGGGACAUCCGCCGUCGCGAGGCGCUGCGCACGCUGCUGUGCCAGAGCACGUGCAACGACGUCACGGUGGCCGGCGACACCAUCUUCUCCGCCCACUACAACGGCAAGAUUACGGUGUGGGACCGACGCACGGCUGCGCGUAGUGGCGAGGUGACAGCGCACCAACGCGUCGCGACCUGUGUGCGGGUCAGUGCGAGUGGGCAGCUCUGCGUCUCGCUGGGCAAGGACAACGCCAUCUCCGUGCGGGAUGCGCGGCUGUUCUCCAAGACUCUGCAUACCUUUGCGCCGGAGCAGCUCACUGUGCCGAUGAACUGGGCACGGCUUUCCCUCUCCCCGAGCGGGCAGGUGUGUGCGGUGGGACAAGGGCGGACCUCCGAUUUGUUGCUCGUGCGGCUCGACAGUGCGCUGGAGGCGUCGCCGCAAGUGAAGCUGCUGAAGGCUUCUGUGCCCAGCACGGGAGCCAAUGAGGCUGGUACAGGGACCAGCAAGGGCCCUAUCUUCAGCACGGCGUGGGGGGCUAACGAAGGUGGACCACUCGUGUCUAUCAGCGAUGACCGCUGCGUGGAGGUGUGGGAGUGA